UUAAAAACACUCUCAGGUUCCCUCUUCAUGGUUUCAAGAGAAGGUGGCGUUGUUGAGUUUCAAUGGAGCUCAUCGUAUGGAUGGAACUGGGUGGAACAUGGAACACCCAAUAGAGGCGUAACACUUGUUGGUUCACCUGGUACAAGCUCUGAGGGCAAUCAAUUAUUAUUGAUAGGCUCAGAUGGAAAAGUAUACCUUAGAUACAUGGACAAAAUGGCAUGGAUGUGGAAGGAUUGUGGUUUUCCCUAUGUAGGAAAUAAGCUGGUUGAAGCACAUAAACACGGAGGAUUCCAGAAAGAGAAAGUAGAUUGUAUUGAUGAAGAUUCUGCAUCAUACUUGAAGAAGGACCAAGGAAACUUUUGUGACCCGAACAUUAAAUGUGACUCAAAGGUGGCUUCUACAAGACCAAUUCCAUUUUCUGAAGGUUCUGUCAUAUUUGAGCUCAGAGAUGGCAGGUUGGCAGAAAUUCAAUUGGUAGAGAAGAGAGAAUGGGUGUGGUCCCGGAUCAUUGGCACUCCAGCUAGUUUAUGCUUAGAAAAUUAUUGGACUACUGUAGCAUACAACCUUUCGUGAAUUUAAUUCGAUGCAUUAUUG